AUGGCUGAAAUCUCUAAACUUCAUCCUGCAACAACUGUUGCUAACAUCAAAACUUGCAUCCCCAUUACCCUAGACUACGAAGGAACACAAUACCUUAGCCGGUCCUCUCUUUUCACCCUUCAUUGCAGAGCCAAUCUGGUCCUCGACCACAUCAUUCCCUCUUCUGGUUCCUCUGCUGCGACAAAUGACUCAGAGUCCGACAAGGAUGAGGCCGCCAAACUGCAAUGGCAACGUCUUGAUGACAUCGUUCGUCAAUGGAUCUAUGGCACCAUAUCUCACGACCUUCUCAAUACAAUCCUCAAUCAGGAGGACUCGGCUCACGAUGCAUGGAAUCGGUUGGUACGUCUAUUUCAAGGUAACAAGUCUGCUAGGGCACUUUUCCUUGACACCCAGUUUACCAACACCAAGUUAGAACAUUUUUCCGGCGUCAAACCCUAUUGCUCACGCAUCAAAAUUCUCUCCGACAAUCUUCGGAAUGUUGGUGCCCCUGUUUCGGAGGAUCGCAUGGUCCUUCGUCUCUUGCAAGGUCUUUCAGAAGACUACAAAACCUUUCGCACAAAUGUCCAGCAUCGUGUGCCUCUCCCUCCCUUUGAUGAAGUUCGUACCAUGCUGGAGUUCGAAGAGGAAUCCCAUGCCGACGCCGUCGUUGGUUCAGGUUCGGACACUGCCUUAUUUACUUCUAAUACUGAUAAUGUUGUGAGCAAUGGUCAGAAGCAGGGGUCGUCGUCCUCAAACCGCAACAACAAUCACAACCCAAAUUAUAGAGGCAAGAAGAACAAUCGUGGUCGAGGUGGCAACAACAACUACCGGAAUAAUAGCCGGCACGGUGGGGGCAAUACCGGCGGUAACCACGGUGGCAAUGGUGGUCGGAGCAACCAGCCUCGAUCCACUGAGCAGUAG